GGUGGUUGAUAUGUCCACUGUCACUACAUCGGCUGUCCAUCGGAGCUCGACGAAAACGAAAUGGGGAGGAGGAUAUUGAACGACGCUUUGAGGACCAUGGUUAACGCCGAGAAGAGAGGGUUUGCAUCGGCUCAGCUUCAACCUAUCUCCAAUGUCAUCUCUUCCUUUCUCAGCAUCAUGAAACACCGAGGGUAUGUCAAAAAUUUUGAAGUGUAUGAUCCUCACAGAGUGGGAAAGAUAAAAGUCGAACUUCUGGGAAGGAUUAAAGAUUGUCGAGCUAUUACAUAUAGACAAGACAUCAAAGCUCACGAGAUAGAGAAUUAUAGACUACGCACCCUUCCAACACAGCAGUGGGGAUAUGUGGUGAUAACGACCCCAAAUGGUGUAUUGGACCAUGAAGAGGCAAUUCGGCAGAACGUUGGUGGUCAGGUUUUGGGCUACUUUUACUGAGCAAUUAAUCAUCUGUAUGAUCAGAUGUUCAUUUCCCCUUUGCUUGUAGAACCAGCUGAGGUAAGAUAGAUCUUGAAGUUGCAACUAGACAUUGGUGCCAUUUUUCAGUCCGUAUUGAGUUGAAGGUAAGAAUUAAUCCGUAAAUGAAUUGGAUUUUGCAUGAAUGUUUUGUCUAGUGAUAUUUCAUUUGUGGAAAUAGAAAGAUUUACAGGGAGAUAUAUGAACAAAUCAAUGUGUUUUGAUAAUAAGUGCUAAGAACCAACAAA